AUGAACCUCCGUGCCAAAACGGUAGCAGAUUGUGCUCUUCCUGACCUCACGAUAUCCUCACCCUCCAACACAUCUCCACCGUCGUCCACGUCCACGCCCUUGAGCAGCCCAGUGCCGACAACGCCAAGUCCGCAAAGGGAAAUGGAAAAUAAAAGAGCAAAUUGGAUGACGUCCCUGCCUAACCCGAAGGAACUGAGGAAAGAGGACGACUGGACGCGAGCAAAGGAUCCCAAAGAGAAGAAACGGAUACAGAACCGAGUGGCGCAGAGAUCGUAUCGCUACCGCAUGAAAGCAAGGCUCGGUGAACUUCAAGCGAGGCUCGACGAUCGUGAAGGGCAGAAAUCGAAGCGUCAGUUGUCCGAUGGGGAAUCGACACCAUCACCGGGCUCUGCUGGAGAAAACAGGCGAAUGAGACGAAUGAUGCAACCGAGUGCAUAUGGGCCAGCCGUUCGGGAGUUUGGUUCGUCACGAAACCCCCUGACUGACCGUGCUCGCCACAUAAUCCACUGCCCGCCAUAUUCUUAUGCUACUUCUCUACCUCUGGGGAAAGUUCAUCGCGGCCUUCUCACACCUCCAGGGCCUCUCCAGUACGACCAACCAGUCAGUGGGCCCGAGAAAUGUUUGCACGACGUGAAGCGGCUCCAGUGGCAACCCACGCACAGGCUGGAUAACAAUGACCUCCAAUACGAUGCCAGCAACACGCCCGUCCCCGGUUGCUACGGCGUCGCGGAUAUCAUGGACCCUAGUAACAUUUGCCCGUCGGAGCAGAUGCUUCUCAUGAAUGGCCUUUCCCCGGCCCUCACCGACAGCAUUGCCGCCAACUUAUGGGAUGCUGACAGUCUUGACGUUACGUGGCGUCAUCCCUCGCCAGUCGCAGAUUCUAUGGCUUGUCUGCAGAACGCCGCCGUGCACGCUCCGAUUACCUCCCAGACGCUCAUGUCAACUAGCGCUCUGGGGCCGGAGCCUUGCCUGCCUGGCAGGAGUUCGGCGGAAGAGCCACGGUUCGAUGGCAUUGAGCAACAUGUUGCGGCGGCAGGAAUGGAGACCUUGAACGAUUCUUCGGUAGCUUUCUUUGGCGAUUCCUUUCGUGAGACAACACCUCCAGCGAACAAGCAGAACUGCGGGCAGCACAAGGAGCCGGCCGCCAAAGUCGUCUCCGACCUGGCGCAGCCAUGGAAUUGCUGGGAACAAAUCGGCUUCGGCGAACCGUUUCUCAGUGCCGUCGAGUCAAUGCUCAUCUCGGAGAGUUCCCGAGGGCGCAACAGUGUUCUCGCCCAGGUAAAGCCCUUGAUUGAUACGUCGGACGGAAAGAUGCCACCGAUUACCGCCGGGUUUCUGUCCCGUCUCCUGCAUGGCGUCCAACAUGAGCUUCCAACGGCAUGGUCUCUCGCCAUGGCCUUGUCUGUUGAUAGGCAUUCGUGGCAAUGUGACCGCCCCAGAACGACGCUGGCCUCGAUUUUGAUGUCCCAGCUCUCGGGGCUGAUCCCCAAGGAGCAGCUCCUUCAACUCAUCGGGGCCUGUCUGUGA